AUGGGAUGUUCUGGAAGUUCUAGUGUAAAAGUUUCUGCUUCAACUAGCGCAAUUAAUAGCAAAACAGAAAAUAAGCCAUCAAUAGAGCCUACAAUACAGCCAAACAGCUCUAAAAAUGCAACUUCUACGUCAACUAAAAAGCAAAAUGAUCCGAAUUCAGGGAAAAUAGUUCAAGUUGAAAAUCAUUGGGCGAUAAUGCCAGUUUUAAAUUUAAGAGCCAAACUAUAUCUAAUCAGAUUAAAUUUAAAUGAAUAAGUAUGCUAAAAUAGUAAUAGCAUUUAAAUUAAACUUAUCCUAAAAUAUAAUAAAUGGGCAUAAAAACUUUAUUUGCUGAAGUAAAGAAGAAAAAGCUCAAUCCUGAAGAUUCAAUGGAAACACUUACUCUGUAAUAAAUAAUAAGAGAUAAAAUAAAAUUGUUUUCCUAUAAUAUUUUUAAAACAAAUAUAAUACAUAAAACAAUUAAAGAUAAAAAUCUUUUUAAAUAAUUAAGCCAAUUUAAGUUGGAAAAUUCAGCCAUUAAAAGGAGCGAGACAGAACAAUUUUAAAAAAUAUUUCAAAUAAUUUUGAAGAAGAAAAAUACAAGUCAAUUAGAAAAGCCAAUAAAAGAUUCAACGAAACAAUAGGGCAAUUUCCAUCAGGAAUUUCACUAAUGCAGUCUUUAGGGUUUCGAGAUGAAGAAGAAAAUGUUAUCUUCGCUCCAGGAUUGCCACGAAGCCAUGUAAUGAAUAAAAUGCAUGACUUAGAAAUAGCUUAUAGAAAGCUAAAUGAAACAUAA